AUGAAGGUUAAGGUUAAGUCAUGGACAAUGGCUGCAUAUUGGUCAUGGAAUGAUACAAAUUCAGAUGUUUGUGGUAUAUGUCAAGUGGAGUUCGAAGGAUGCUGCCCGGAAUGCAACAUGCCAGGUGACGAUUGCCCGGUUCUCUGGGGUGAAUGUUCGCAUGCUUUCCACAUGCAUUGCAUUAUGAAAUGGUUGGAAAAAGCUACUGGUAAUCCGCAAUGUCCACUGGAUAGGCAACUAUGGAAAACAGCCACUGCUCCUAGUCAAUAA